UCGCUGGAUGCGUGCUGCCAAUUUAGUUGCCAAUCGUUAAAAAGCGAAUUUAAUUGUCGCGUCUUGAUUGGAGCGUUUUGUGUUUUUAAGUGUGGUGGGAGUAGCGACGAAGACUUAUUUACAAUAACCUAUUUCAGUAUUUUCAGCUGUGUUCACUACAAAUAGGAUAAACCGGGAUAACCUUAAAGGACUGUGUUUUCACGGUCCACAAAAAUGGAUUCUAGUUCCAAAUUGUCCCAAUUAAAGCAGUUGCAUAAAGUAGCUUCUUGGACGCACAAAGUGGGUGUCAAUGUUGGUUCAGGCGAAUUUCUAGCUAACAUUGCGGUUGAAGACAAACACAUGUACAUAUAUCCUGAAGAACCGAACAGGAGCGAAAUCUUUAUCGAAAUUUCCAGUAUCGAAGGAGGACAUGAAGAGCAAGAAGCUGACAUUCUUGUGUUACAACUUGAUCGGCGGUGGCAAUUUCGAUUCGCAGAACCUGGGUCCAGGGCAGUAUUCUUAAGAAUACUUGGACUAAGAAACUCUUAUAAGCCAUCUGAUGACGAAUGUUAUAAGCCGUCGCAAGGUAAAUGGAAAAAGUGGAAAAAACGUACACGGGUGCCUUCUUUACCAACUCCAACAGUGGAGGUUGAGGAUACCAAUUCUAAAGUUAGCGUAUAUCAGGUGAUACAUCCAGAGGCUCAUGUGAUGCACAAAGUGGGUGUGACGCUGGACGAUAUUAUUGGUGGAAACGAAUAUGAUGCUGAAAUUGCGAUUGACAUUGAAAUUAACAAAAUAUUCAUAUAUUCGAUUCUUGGAGACAGGAUGCAAACCUACAUUGAAACUUCAGAGAUGGAAGGAUAUGAGGAGCAACAAAUUGGCAGCAUUAUGCUGAAAGUUAGUAGGCCAUGCCAAUUCCGAUUCACAGAGCCCUUGCAUAGGUCAACGUUCCUAAGCAUACUUGGAUUUGUUAAGUAAGAAAAUUAGAGAUAACUCAGGACCAUCAUCUCAUUUACCGUCACCAUCCUCACUAGAAAAGUAAUAAUAGGUUUGCUACAAUGACCAUAAGAAAAUGGCCCCGAAACGUCCAACAUCAUUUAUGAACAUGUCUUGAAUUGUGGAAGUGUGAAGCUAAACAAUUUUGAUCUUUUUUUGCAAUUUUUUGCGUAAGAUUGUUUUUUUUUUUUGUUAUUAAUGAAACGAAUGUGUUCACAUCAGUGGUAGUUUAUAGCAAUUUUAUACUAUUUUGUACAAAACUUUUUGCUUUAGUUUUGAAAAAAUAUAAUAUAGUUUAUAUCCAACAAUUUUAUCAGUUAUAAGU